ACAGCAGACAGAUUCGGGUACUGGUGUUAUAACAGUCUACGUCUACCUGAGCUACGAUGAUUCAUUCAACCGUCUGAAUCUCGUUUCAAACCUUAAAAUUUUCGUGAACUUCGAUUGCCCGCUGCUGGAAUUCAUCUAUGGUUUCUUGACGAGGUAAUUUGAAGCUUAAUUCCAACCUUUGGCAAGCUUCAUUUCAUGAAAGUAGGGAUGGCAUCAGUUACCCAGCUCCCCUCUGGUAUUCCAGUAGUUACUGUUUCUCGAUUGCAUCAUAACAGCAUGAAGUUAUGGAAAUCUCAUAAUCUACUCAGCAGAAGGAAUAUACCAUGUUUCAGUAGUAACCGUCGUGCCAUUUGUUAUGCAAAUACAUCCCCAUGGGAACCUGCUCCAAUAACAUAUGCUCCUGAGAAUGAAGGAACAUUACUGAAAGAAACAAGCAAUAUCUUUGAAACCAUGAAUUCUUCUGCCGAGCCAGCAGAAGCUUCAAUUACUAAGACCAAGCAGAAUGUGGAUUCAACCAACCUACCUUUCCAGUACCUGAGACGGCCUCUAUGGCUUCUUGGCCCAGCACUCCUCUUAGUCACCGGAGUUGUUCCCACCUUGUGGCUGCCUAUAUCAUCUAUUUUCCUCGGUCCCAGCAUAGCCAGCCUUCUCUCCCUCACAGGACUAGACUGCAUUUUCAAUCUCGGCGCGUCCCUUUUUCUGCUCAUAUCAGAUGCCACUGCUCAUCCAAACAACAGCACUCAACGUUGCAGCAGCAAACCGCCUGCCAGUUACCAGUUCUGGAACAUGGUAGCAAAUGUAAUGGGAUUUAUCGUCCCCCUGGCAAUGCUUUUAGCCUCUCAUAAAGGAUUCAUUCAGCCUCAGCUGCCAUUCAUUUCGUUUGCAGUUCUAUUAGGUCCUUACAUUCUGCUUUUAUCGGUGCAAAUGCUCACAGAGAUGCUAACGUGGCACUGGCAGUCACCGGUAUGGUUAGUGACUCCUGUCGUCUACGAGGCAUACCGGUUAUUGCAGCUAAUGAGAGGGCUGAAGCUGGGACCUGAGCUCGGUGCACCGUCAUGGAUGGUGCAUGCUAUCAGGGGAUUAGUGUGCUUUUGGGUGCUGGUUCUUGGGGUGCAGCUGAUGAGAGUUGCUUGGUAUGCCGGGUUUACUGCGCGCUCAUAUCAAAAGCCGUCCAAUGCUUCAGUUGAUGAUCUCAUGGAAUAGAGUAAGUGUCAUUAAAUUUUCUGCCUUGAUUGGCUUAUAGUGAUGUAUUUGCUGUAUUUACUGAAUAUUUGUUUAUAGAACUGUUUCUACAAUAUACAAUGUACAGGAUUCUGGAAGAUUACAAAGAGAACUCUUUUUGUUACUGAUAAUUACA